AUGAAUCAAAAUAUCUUAGAAAAUCAAAUAAAUGAUCAUAUAAAUGAUAAAUUCUUUGAUAAUAUACUUGAAUUAGAAGAAGAUUUUACUUUUCUAUAUGAUAAUAACGCAAUAAAUGAUGCAUUUGCUUUUAUAUUAAACAGUCAAAGUAAUGCAAAUAAUAAUAAUAUAGAAGAAUCUUUAAAACAAGAUUCUGAUAUAUUUACAAAAAUUAUAGAAUCAGAAAUAGAU